AUGGCUCCCCUCUCGACUGCCGCGGCCCCACGCCGUAGCAUGGCAAAGGCCCUUGCAGCCCUCGCAACUGCUGCAAACCGCCCAGCCACCCGUGCAAACUCUUCAGCCUCUUCCAUCUCUGCUUUAGCCUACAAGACUCUCCAUCGCGGUAGCAAACAACCCCCACUUCCCACAAUCGAGACUCCCAGUUGGUCUACCAAUGCUGCCAUCUCUUCUAUUCUCUACGAGACUCCUAACGUCGCCUCUACUAACGCUGCCGCUAAACCUCACGUCCUUAACUGUCUUGUCCAAAACGAGCCCGGUGUACUCUCACGUAUCUCAGGAACCCUUGCCGCCCGCGGCUUUAACAUUGAUUCUCUUGUCGUCUCAAACACUGAAGUCAAGGAUUUGUCCCGUAUGACCAUUGUUCUUCAAGGUCUUGAUGGUGUCAUUGAGCAGGCCCGCCGACAGAUUGAGGAUCUUGUCCCCGUCUGGGCUGUACUCGACUAUACCCAUGCCCCCCUUGUUGCCCGUGAACUUCUUUUGGCCCGCGUCUCACUCCUUGGUCCUGAAUACUUUGAAGAGCUUCUUCAUCACCAUGGCCAGAUCUACAAGCGUGCUGCUCCUGGUGCUGCUUCUCCUGCUGCCCCUGGACGCAAGUUCUUCCACCCAGCAAACCUCGCACCCUCUGAGGCUCUCCGCCACAAGCAUGAGCACCUCCGCAAUAUUACCUCCCUCGCUCACCAGUUUGGUGGCAAGGUCGCUGAUAUCUCUGACCGUAACUGUAUUGUCGAGCUCUGCGCUAAGCCCGAUCGUAUUACCUCUUUCAUCUCUUUGCUCCAGCCCUUUGGCAUUCUCGAGCUUGCCCGCUCAGGCAUGACGGCUCUUCCCCGUACUCCCCUCGACUCGGCCGGCUCGGAUGAGGGUGUCAAGGACGCUGAUGAGAUUGUCGAUGCUACUCAGCUUCCUCCUGGUUAA